AUGGUUCCGGGUUAUAAAUGUGACAGGCAGGACCCUCUGCUCUCUGUCAUUGGAGAUCUCAAUCCCAAAUCCUCCAGGCUGAUGGCCUCCAUCUUCAGCAUCUUCAAGGUCCCGCAGAUUCUUCCCUAUCUGAAGAACGUCAAGUUCAACAACAGUGCUGAAGAAGUCUCCUUCUCAGAAAAUGAAUUGGUGCCCUUUGCCAGGUGUGGCAUGAAGAGAUGCCAUGCAGGAGAGAGAAGACAUGCUCCAGAGGGCAAGCAGGUUUGCUGCUACCAAUGUGACCCUUGUCCAGAAGGGACCAUUUCAGAUCACACAGAUGCAGCUUGCUGUGACCCCUGCCCAGAAGACCGAUAUCCCAACAAGGACAAGGACCACUGCAUUGCCAAGAAGAUCCACUUCCUUUCCUAUCAAGACACCCUGGGAUAUGCUUUAGCUUCUCUAGCUCUUUCUCUCUCUGUGAUCACAUCUGCAGUCCUGGUGAUUUUCUUUAAGCAUCGCGACACACCAAUUGUCAAAGCCAACAACCGAGAUCUCACCUACAUCCUCCUGGUCUCCCUCCUGCUCUGCUUCCUCUGCUCUUUCCUCUUUAUUGGUCGACCAGGAAAACUCACCUGUCUCUUCCGACAAACUACCUUUACGAUUCUCUUUUCCCUUGCAGUUUCCUCUGUCUUGGCAAAAACUGUCAUGGUGGUUCUGGCCUUCAUGGCUACCAAGCCAGGGAAUAGGACAAGGAAACUCUUAGGAAAACCACUGACCAACUCCAUUGUCAUAGCUUGUCCCAUGGUUCAAGCAGUUCUUUGUGCCGUCUGGCUGGUAAUCUCUCCCCCAUUUCCCAACUUGGACUUCCAUUCUCUGGUAGGAGAGGCCAUCUUGGAAUGUAAUGAAGGCUCAGCUUUAAUGUUUUAUGCUGUCCUCGCCUACCUGGGUUUUUUGGCCUUUAUCAGUUUCACUGUGGCUUUUCUCGCUAGGAAAUUGCCUGACAGCUUUAAUGAAGCCAAGUUCAUUACUUUCAGCAUGCUGAUCUUUUGCAGUGUUUGGCUCACCUUCCUCCCCACCUACCUGAGUACCAAAGGGAAGUCCAUGGUGGCCGUGGAGAUCUUCUCCAUCUUAGCCUCUGGGGCUGGUCUCUUGGCUUGCAUCUUUUCCCCCAAAUGUUGCAUUAUCCUAUUGAGGCCCCAUCUGAACUGUAGAGAAAACAUAAUGAGGCACAAGAAUCUUUGA